UAUGGCUGAUUGUGUGAGGAAUAAACAGCGUCGUUUGCGAAUUUAUCAGAGGGAGAAGGCUGCGAAAAAGAAGGACAAGCGGAAGUUAAGGGAGAAGAGGAAGCGUGAAAGGGAAGAGUUGGGAGAUGAGGCACCUCCGAAACAGAUACCAAAAACAAUUGAAAACAUGCGAGUUCCCGAUGAGACCAUAGUCGACCCCGACGACGAUGAGGUUCUAGAAGAUGAGAGGACUGAUGAGAUGGCUGCUUACUUUGAUCGUAAACAAAUUCCGAAAGUGUUGAUAACAACGAGCUACAAAUGCACUCUGAAAACAGUUCAGUUUCUCGACGAGUUAGAAGAGGUUAUUCCUAACUCUGAGGUUCGUCGGCGAAGCCGUUGUGAUCUCAAGAAGGUCAUUGAACAAGCUAAAGAGCAUGAGUUCACAGACGUUAUCGUGGUGAAUGAAGACAGGAAGGAACCAAACGCUCUGAUUCUGUGUCAUCUUCCCGAUGGGCCCACAGCACAUUUCAAACUCACAAAUGUCAAGUGUGGCUGGGAAAUAAAGCGUCACGGCCGUCGCACUCAUCACCGACCAGAAGUUGUCAUGAAUCACUUCUCCACACGUCUAGGUCACACAGUCGGUCGAAUGUUAGCCGCAAUCUUUCCACACGACCCCGAGUUCAAGGGCCGUACGGUCGUCACAUUCCACAACCAGCGUGACUACAUAUUUUUCAGACAUCACAGAUAUAUUUUCAAAAGUGCGAAGAAAGUUGGUAUGCAGGAACUCGGCCCACGUUUCACACUAAAACUGAGGUCCGUACAGCAGGGAACGUUUGACAGUAAAUUCGGGAAGUUUGUUUGGAUCCAUAAGAGAAAAGAAAUGGACACGAGUCGAAGAAAAUUUCAUUUGUAGCGAUAUUGUUUAUCAGAUACAGUUCUGUUUGUAGGCACUACUAGUUUAUGUAAAACAGUCUCUGAUGAUACAAAUGCUCUACAAAUAAAAGCAUAGAAAUAGAAACGAAUAUUGGAAUUAAUCUAUGUUUUUAGAUUCUAGGGG